UCAUUUAUUGCCAAAGUUGAGGGAAAGGAAGAUCCCAGGUUACAGAAUCCUGGGCUUUUAGACACAGAGACCAGCAGGACUCCAGCCACUGACCUGAAUCCUCCCUCGCUCACCUCUACCCCACUCUCCAGGAUUUCAUUUUAUCCAACUCUGCUCAUUGCUGCAAGGCAAACCCAAGAAUCACAGCCUCCAGACUUUGCACAGCCUCAGCCUGGUCACUGGCCCUGCCUCCAUUUCAGCUCGGACAGCCUCAGAAUUGGUCCAAGGAUGUCAAUGAACUAUGAAGACCUCCAGUCCUUGGAGAGUGAGAAAAAAAGCCAGGGUUCUAGAAAGGGGCUGCCUCCUCCCCCAGCCUUCCUGCAGCAUCUCUGCUCUGGCCCCUGGCCCCUUCUGCUCUCUCUGGGCCUCAUCCUUCUCCUGAUGAUUGGCAUCUGCGUGAUUGGAUCCAAAAAUGCCAAGAUUCAGAGUGAUGUGGAGACCCUGAGAGCAACUUUCAGCAACUUCACUUCCAACUCGAUGGCUGAGGUCCAGGCACUGCACUCCCAGGGUGGCAGUUUGCAAGCAACAAUAACAUCUCUGAAAGCUGUGGUGGCAAACCAGGAGCAGGAGCUGCAAGCAGCCCGUAGCCUGAAUGACAAGGUGUUUUCUUUGGAGAGCAAGCUGGAGAAAGAGCAGCAGGAAUUCAAAGAAGAUUAUUCUGAAAUGCUCCUGGUAGUCCAACAACUGGUCAAAGACCUGACCUCCCUGCAUUGUCAGCUGGCUGCGCUCAAGAGCAAUGACUCUCAAAAUACCUGCUGCCCCAUUGGCUGGCUGGAGUAUGAAGGCAGCUGCUACUGGUUUUCUCGCUCUCUAUUGACCUGGCCUGAGGCUGAGAAGCACUGCCAGCUGGAGAACGCCCACCUGGUGGUCGUGGGCUCCCGGAAGGAGCAGGUGAGGACUGGGAGAGCUUGUUUGGGAAGCUGGUUGGUCUACUUGAAGUCACUGCCCUCAUCGUCUCUCCCCAGAAUUUUCUUCAGCAACACAUGUACCCUGUGGACACCUGGAUUGGCCUUACUGACCAACAUGGUCCCUGGACAUGGGUGGACGGGACAGACUAUAAGACCGGCUUCCAGAACUGGAGUCCAACGCAGCCAGAAAAUCGGUACUACGAUGGGAAAGAGGACUGUGCCCACUUCAGGACCGAUGGCCAAUGGAACGAUAACCUGUGCGUGAUGCCCUUCCACUGGGUCUGCGAGACAGAGCUGAGCAGAUCCAGCUCCUAGCCUCCUCUCCCCUAGUCUAUUUCCUUUAUGCUUUCACCUGCUGAGGGAACCUGGCUAGGGAUUCUUUUUUCUGGGGGGCCUCCUGCAUCACCCCAGGCGUUUUCAUCUAGGAUUUGAAGGGAAGGGGAGGGGACGAUGUGAGAGGAAUGCAGAAUGAUGUUUGAUGGGGUGGGUAGAUGAAAAACCACGCCACUCUCUGCAAUUUGCAGGUUAUUAUUGUCAACUUUUUUCGAAUAAAAAGAAGAGAAAGAUACUAAA